UCUGCCAAUAAACAAAAACAGCCUUAACUUAAAAUCUGACAAACCACACAUACGAGCGAUUUUAUAAUUAAAGAAAUCGUCCGGAAAAAGAGACAAAAUGACCGUUAUUUUUUGAAUUGUAAGCGCCCGCGCUUUUUGUAGGUUCGAGCGGCUUUUUUUAAAGCAGGCAGUCACUUGAUUGUUAAACGUUCAUCUAAAUUAAUUUAUUUAAUGCUGAACUCCACUAUGUUUUAUCAAGUCACUGUCAGUAUCCUAUAUUUGAACAGUCACAGGCACAUGUCUGCUCAUUAUUAAAGUAGGCGUUGAAAUGUGAAAUAUGACUUAAAGGAGUCGCUAUUCUAGAUAUAACUGUUUCUUUAAUGAAUAACAUUCAAAAUUAUAUCAAUAACAUGAACUGCCCCUAUGUAGUAAAUAUUGCUGCGAACUGUACGCCGCCUAUAGUACAAGACGAGCACAGCGUACCACAGAGCGGAGUAAAUACGUACUGCACAUUUUGGGGCUUAGCAUUGAAAAGGCAGCGGGCUAUAGCGAACAAUACUGCACAUUUUGGGGCUUAGCAUUGAAAAGGCAGCGGGCUAUAGCGAACAAAACUACACCGUUGAUGUGCUGAAUCUCACAGAGAGUUUGCAGUGUCUGAAGAAUGUUCAGGAAUAACUCUUACCGGAAAACGAGUCACUGGGUCAGAAAGUUAUUUCCUUUUUCAGAAACAUUGGGAAACACAAAUGAAACGAAGGGAGAGAGAACAGAACAACUCCGCAUUAUCGCCGUACGGAACUCUUGAAACUAUCUGUUGACUAUGUGACUAUCAGAUGACUUCAGAAAAGGCUAAACAAUUUGUGGCCGAACAGUAAGACUCUAAAAUACUGGGAUCUCACAAUGGCAACAAGAUGCACUUUAUCUCUGAUACUCCUUGGAUUAUGCGUCAGCACUCGAAUUGUGAAAUGCACCUCAGUGUGUUCAGUUGGCGCCUCUGUCGCAGUCUGCAUUGAUAAAGGUCUUCAAGAGGUUCCAGAACUUCCCCCAUAUGUAAAUAAAGCGGAUUUGAGUAAGAACAAUAUUGCUGAACUCAAUGAAACAUCCUUUUCUCAUCUGGAAGGUCUACAAGUCCUUAUACUGAUGCACCAAACAACAAGACUUGUGAUCAAAAACAAUACAUUCAGAAGACUCUCGAAUUUAACAUCACUUCAGCUUGACUACAACAACUUACUGCGAAUGGAUACAGGAGCAUUUAACGGAUUAUCAAACCUUAAAAAUCUCACUCUCACUCAGUGCAGUUUAGAUGAUGCAAUUUUGUCUGGAGACUUCCUCAAACCUCUGGUGUCUCUUGAGAUGCUUGUCUUGAGUGAAAACAACAUUAAAAGAAUCCAGCCAGCAUUGUUCUUUUUAAAUAUGAGGAGAUUCCAUGUGCUUGAUCUCUCUCGCAACAAAGUGAAGAGCAUCUGUGAAGAAGACCUCCUCAGCUUUCAGGGUAAACAUUUCACGCUUCUGAAACUGUCCUCCGUGACACUGCAAGACAUGAAUGAGUACUGGUUAGGAUGGGGAAAGUGUGGAAACCCAUUUAAGAACAUGUCCAUAACUAUAUUGGACUUAUCUGGAAAUGGCUUUAAUGUUAACAUGGCAAAGCGUUACUUUGAUGCAAUCACUGGUACCAAAAUCCAAAGUCUCAUUCUCAGUAACAGUUACAGCAUGGGCAGAUCUUUUGGAAAUAAUUCAAAAGAUCCAGACAAAUUCACAUUCAAGGGUCUUGAGGCGAGUGCUAUUACGAUUUUUGAUCUCUCCAAUUCAAGCAUUUUUGCUCUGUCAUCUUCAGUAUUUAGUUAUUUGUCAGAUCUAGAACAAAUUACAUUAGCAGAAAGUCAGAUCAACAAGAUUGAAAAAAGUGCAUUUUUGGGUAUGACAAAUUUACUAAAGCUGAACCUGUCCAAAAACUUCCUUGGUAGUAUUGAUUCUAGUACAUUUCAGAAUCUAGAGAAGCUCGAGGUGCUUGAUUUGUCUUAUAAUCAUAUAUGGAUGCUUGGAUAUAAAUCAUUUCAAGGACUUCCAAAUCUACUCAACCUAAAUUUAAGAGGAAAUGCUCUCAAACAUGUACAUUUAUUCGCAGCCAUACCAAACCUGGAGAAGCUCUACUUGGGUGACAAUAAAAUUUCAUCGGUGUAUUAUUUAAACAAAAUUUCCAAAUAUCUUACAACCCUUGACCUGGAAUCCAACCAACUUUCUUCCAUGUCAGAUCUCUAUGCAAUAUUACAGGAAUUUCCUCAAAUUGAGGAAAUUUUUCUUGAAGGUAAUGAGCUUAUUAAUUGCCCUAAUGACGCACACAAAGUGCUUUCGCAAAAAGUACAAAUCCUUGAUCUUGCAUCUGCAGGUUUGGAAGUUAUCUGGUCAGAAGGAAAAUGUUUAAAUGUGUUUAACAAUCUUCAUCAGUUAGAAAAUCUCUCUCUGAGUCACAACUUGCUACGGUCACUUCCCAAAGACAUUUUCAAAGACCUUAACUCUUUGUACCAUUUGGAUUUGUCCUUCAACUCUUUGAAGUACCUUCCAAACGGUAUAUUCCCUGAAAGUCUUCAAGUUCUUUAUCUUGCAUAUAAUUCUAUUUAUUCAGUAGAUCCAAAUCUCUUUAGCACCCUCAGCUACCUCAGCCUGGAGAAAAAUGAUUUCCGUUGUGAUUGCAACCUAAGGGAUUUCAAAACUUGGCUAAAUCAAACCAACGUAAUCUUUGCUCACCCCAUUGAGGAUGUGAUAUGUGCCAGUCCUGAGGAUCAGUACAUGGUUCCGGUUGUGAGAUCCAUCAUACAAUGUGAGGAUGAAGAGGAGGAGAGAAAUGCUGAAAAACUGAGGCUUGUGCUUUUUAUUUUCUGUACCGCAUUUAUCAUAGUACUCACUGCUAGCACCAUCAUUUAUGUCCGUCGACGUGGCUUCAUCUUCAAGCUUUACAAAAAACUCAUUGGCAAACUUGUGAAUGGAAAGCGAGAGGAGCCUGAUCCUGAACAAUUCUUAUAUGACGUGUUUCUCUGUUUUAGUUCCAGUGAUAUUAAAUGGGUAGAAAAAGCGCUGCUGAACAGACUAGACUCUCAGUUCUCAGAGCAGAACACACUCCGCUGCUGCUUUGAGGAGCGAGACUUCAUACCCGGGGGGGACCAUCUUACCAACAUGCGAAAUGCUAUCCAGAAUAGUCAUAAAACCCUUUGUGUGGUGUCUGAACGUUUCCUGAAGGACGGCUGGUGCCUAGAAACCUUCACCCUGGCACAGUGCAGGAUGCUAGUGGAGCUAAAGGACAUUCUGGUGGUGCUGGUUGUAGGGAACAUACCGCAGUACAGGCUACUGAAGUACGAUCAACUGAGAUCCUACAUUGAGAACAGAAGAUACCUUCUGUGGCCCGAUGACAGCCAGGACUUGGAUUGGUUUUAUGACCAACUUCUGCAUAAAAUAAGAAAAAACACUAAGGUUAAACAAACAAAUAUUAAAGUUAAUGAGGGUGAAAAAAAUCUUGACGCAGCAAAUCUGCAAGCAGACACUGCAGUGUAACUAUGAAGGACUUUGUAUAAUUCCUUGCUUUGCUCCCAGGUUCUCAUCCAUCCCACUUUGUUGAAAUUCUCUCUAUUGGACAAUGACAUCAACAAAUAUUAAGCAUAUAAAGCUGGAAACCAUACUGUAUUGUAUAGUUAUAAAUGUUUAUUUUGUAUUAUCCAUAAUGUGUUUGUACUUCUCAGUGUCAGUUGGGUAGUUAAAGGUCAGUAGAACGGUGACAUUUUUUAUAUAUUAUGUAAAUACUCCAUUUAUAAUCACCUUUUAUUUUUUUAUAGUGUUCCAGGAUUUGGCAAAUAAAAUCUUACAAUUCA